AUGGCAGAGGAAACAAAAGCUUUUCCCUCUCACUGUUCAUAUUUCUCAUCUCAUUGUCUUUGUUUUUGUUUUUAUUGUUUUUCCCAUCAUCUGUUCUGUAAUCCAUUGGACUUCUCAGAAUAUUCUUUCACAAUUUCCUCAGAGACCCCUCCUCAUAUUGCUGCCACCAGUUUGGCCCUUAGUGAGUAUGCCGAAGGGGAACCUAGUGCACCUAAACUGGAGGUGAAGGUCCUGGAGAGGGGCAACUCUCUGAAGGUGAACUGGAUCAAGCAGGACGACGGCGGAUCCCCCAUCAAACACUACCUGGUCCGAUACAAGGCUAAGCACGUGUCUGAGUGGAAGCCAGAGAUCCGAAUGCCUCAAAACAGCGAGUACACGACGCUGAGCGGCCUGGACUGGAACACGGAGUACGAGGUGUACGUGGUGGCCGAGAACCAGCAGGGAAAAUCAGAGCCGGGUGUCGUCUCCUUCAGAACCGCCAGCGACCCCACCACCAUCCCAGCCACCCUGGGGUGCCGGUGUGUUUCCUGCAGUCUGGCAGCGCUCCUGCUGUCCAUGCUGGCUCUGCUCUGCCUCUCAUAAACUGAUUUUUUUUUUGCGAGGAGAAAGAGGAAAGUCUGAGCCUUUGAAAUCUUUCAGCGCAGACUCCUUUGCUCUCUAUGCCUUUCGACCCCUUGUGCAGCCACACACAAGAUAAAAAAAUAAGAAGACAUUGAUUUCAUGAUGUUAUUACAGGGUGCUCAGUACUUGCAUCAUUCUCAAAUUUCGGGGGAAUUUAGAUUCUGUUAAUAUUUUUGUUUUCAUUUGUUUACAUGUUGUAUAUGAAUAGAUUUGGAAAGGGUUAUGUUACCGUUGGAUUUGGGAGUGUUUUAGAUUAGUAACACAUUCAUAAUGCCUUAAUGUGAUCUUAAGAAGGGGUGAUUAAUAGACUUACCUUACACUGUUUCAUUAUGUGUCUACAACCGGAAAUGGCAAUCACAAAGAGACUUUUAUUUUGGAAUUCGUUGCCUUUUAAACAGACACAUCGUUGUCACAAAUGACAUGAAAGCAUGAACACUGCAUGAAGGCAUGAUCCAGUAUUCAUUCAUGUGCUAUGCAGCUGCUUUAGAGCUCCCCACUGGAGCAUUAUGAAUGUGUUAACAGGUGAAGAGUGCCUCAUUCCUCUGUCUUUGGAUACAAGCUUGAAAUGUCCUGCUGUAUAAAAUGAGGAAAGAUUGCAGAGCAAAAAAAAAUGGACACUGGUUAUGGUAAUCAUUUUUCAAGAUUAAUUUUCACAUUAUAAUGUAACCGCCUUGUCUGGAGAGAAGGUUGAAACUAAUCAUGUUUUGUGACAAAGUGUACAUACUCUUUUCAAACUGACCUUGAAGAUUUUUUUUUUGUUCUUGUUCUCUUUCUACCUGAAAGCAGAGAAAUGUCUAAGUAAAAAAUACAUAUGUGCAACAACACUAAAAAUAUUUCAUUUUCAAUCAUGUGAAAUUAUUCUAUUCUCUGAGGAAUUUUUGUAAGUACAUAUCAGUGUGUUUCCAUGUAACCAUUGUAGGGUUGAAAUAAAUUGUUUCUUUUUCUUU